UUCAGCACACCAUCUUGAAAUAAGCAGGAUGGCAGAAUAACAUCUAAUGGCAUUGCAAAUAAAUCCUUCAAGCCCUGAAUAAACACUGUAUGCUCAAAUAAAAGCCAUGAGAAGUCCAACUGGUGAUAAGGUAUGCUCUCUUGCUUAUUGCCUUAUCUUGUAUGUUCUGCUGCUUUUGUCACCAAACUACGUUGCGUUCGCUUCUGCUAGUUCUAAUGAUGAAGCAGAGGCUCUUCUCAAAUGGAAAGCCAGCAUUCAAAACCAAACCCAGCUCCAAAAUCUAAGCUCAUGGACUUACCUUCCCAGCAACGCCACCAAUUCUUCAAGAAAUCAAAAAGCUAAUGAAAACCCAUGUAAUAUGUGGACUGGGAUUUCAUGUAACCCUGCAGGAAGUGUCAGCAAGAUAAACCUUACCAACUCCGGUUUACAAGGUAGGCUACAAGAAUUUCCGUUUGUCUCCUUCCCUAAUCUUGUAUACCUUGAUUUCAGCAAGAAUAAGCUCUUUGAUUCCAUCCCACCUCAAAUCAGCUCCCUCUCGAAACUCAUAUAUCUUGAUCUCUCGGAUAAUAAGUUGUCGGGUAAAAUUCCACCAGAAAUCUGUUUCCUAGAAAAUCUCGAGAACCUGUACCUAAAUAAAAACAAGUUAAAUGGCUCAGUCCCUCAAGAAAUAGACCAGCUUAAGUCUCUUGUUGUUCUAAAUCUCAUGGAGAAUAGACUCAGUGGUCCUCUUCCCAUGUCGAUCGCGAAUUUGAGCAGAUUACAAGUUGUACAACUACGAGACAACCGCCUCUCAGGUUCCAUUCCCCAAGUGAUAUCAAAUCUCAUGAACUUGGCUGUUCUGAGGCUUGCCAGAAACAAUUUCACCGGUCGUUUGCCAGAGGGCCUUUGCCGGGGUGGACUGCUUAUGAAUUUCACUGCAAAUGGCAACCGUCUCACAGGUCGAAUCCCCAAGAGCUUGAGGAACUGCACAACCUUGUACAGAUUCCGCCUUGAUGGAAACCAGCUCACUGGAAACAUAUCUGAAGAUUUUGGUGUUUAUCCGAACUUGGAUUACAUAAAUCUAAGCAACAACAGAUUUUAUGGUGAACUUUCACAUAAAUGGGGUAGGUCUCUGCGGCUAAAAAAUCUUGAGAUUGCAGGGAAUAAUAUUACUGGUUUCAUACCCGCUGAGAUUGGAAACUUGACUCAACUACAUUUGCUUAAUCUUUCUUCAAAUCAUUUAGUUGGGAAGAUCCCUAUGGAACUUGGAAGGCUUACUUCUUUGGUGAAGCUUAUACUCAAUGAAAAUCAACUUUCGGGCGGUAUACCACAAGAACUUGGAUCACUGACUGAUCUUGAGUAUCUUGACCUGUCCACUAACAACUUGAGCCAGUCAAUUCCAAGCAGCAUAGGGAACUUUGUGAAAAUGCACCACAUGAAUUUGAGCGCCAACAAGUUGAGCUAUGAAAUUCCGACUCAGUUAGGGAGGUUAAUGCAGCUGUCCGUACUAGAUUUGAGUCAUAACUCGCUUGCUGAAGGGAUACCAACUGAAUUUAGUGAUUUAGAAAGCUUGGUGACACUAAAUCUCUCUCACAAUAACCUCUCUGGUGUUGUUCCACGUGCUUUUGAGGAACUUCGUGGCUUGGAGUUUGUCGACGUAUCAUACAAUCAAUUAUGGGGUCCGAUUCCAAGCAACAAAGCAUUUCAGGAGGCUCCAGUAGAGGCAUUGCAAGGGAACAAAGGUUUGUGUGGGAAUGUUACAGGUCUGCAGCCCUGCAAAAAUAGUCCUAGAAAAAAGAAGCCUAACUCUAAAAUUGGUUUUGUGUGCUUCUUGAUCAUGCUUCCUGCUUUUGGGGUAUUUAUAAUUGCUUUCUAUGGAAUCUAUAUCACUUUGAGAAGAAAAAGGAAAUUCCAACAAAACGAACAAAGUGACAUUCAACCCAAAGAGUUCGAAUUGCUCGCAAUAUCGAUAUUUGAUGGAAAAAUAUUGUAUGAAGAAAUCAUAAAAGCAACUGAGGAUUUUGAUGCUAAAUAUUGCAUUGGGAGAGGCUCAGCUGGAAGUGUUUACACAGCAAUGCUGCCCUCGGAUGACUUGGUAGCAGUAAAGAAACUCCACAGCCCUUGUGAUGGUGGUGAGUGGAGCAAUCGAAAAGAGUUUCUAAACGAGGUAAGGGCAUUAACUGAGAUACGCCAUCGGAACAUUGUUAAGCUUUAUGGUUUCUGUCAACAUUCGCGGCACUCAUUUUUGAUAUACGAGUACCUUGAAAGGGGUAGCUUGUUUUCAAUAUUGGCCAAUGAUGAGGAAGCUAAGAAGUUGGACUGGAGUAAGAGGGUGAAUAUCAUUAAAGGUGUGGCUCAUGGUUUAUCCUAUAUGCACUCUGACGUGUCUCCACCAAUUGUUCAUCGAGACAUAUCCAGCAAGAACAUGUUGCUAGAUGAUGAAUAUGAAGUUCGGAUUUCUGACUUCGGCACUGCUAAGGUUCUAGAUUAUAACUCAUCUAACUGGACUGCGGUUGCAGGCACAAUUGGAUACGUAGCACCAGAACUUGCUUACACAAUGAAGGUGACAGAGAAAUGCGACGUGUACAGCUUUGGGGUGUUAUCACUGGAAGUGAUUAAAGGAAAGUACCCUAGCAUUCUAGUGGAGUCUUUGUUGUCAUCUGCAAUCAGGACAGACAAAAUGUUGCCGGAUUUGUUGGAUUAUCGCCUUGCGCAUCCGACUGGUAAAAUUCUGGAUGAAGUUCUUACUAUCCUAAAGCUAGCGGUUGUAUGCUUAAAUGCAAAUCCAGAGUUUAGGCCUACCAUGCACGAAAUUUCUUAUGAAAUUUCAAAUCAUCGUAAGUAAUGGUACUUAGGAAUUCCAUUGGUCUUGUAAUUUUGUAAGUUCUUUACUUCUUUGUGUGCCAUCAGAUAUUUGCAAGGUGGUUACGGCUUGCCUAUCAAAUUAUUUUUGUUUCGUUUCAACGACAAAAUGCACCGUUGAUCAAAUGGAUGGAGUUUUAAUGAUUAGAAAGAAAAGGAGACAUCUCUAUAGUCAGAAGUCUUUAGCUCUGAA